AGGCUCUUUUUGGCAUCCCAUUCCCAGCCUUUAGAAGCUACUACCUGCCUUCUACCCACCUUUUCCCUACAAUUAUAAAACCAAUUUUACAGGUUUUUUCUUCCAAGAAAUUAAAACCCCCUCUCCAAAACCUGUCACUCUAGGGUUUCUGCUCCAACGCUGUCCAAGACAAGGCCUUCAAAGUUCAAAACAAAGUUAAAAUGAGGUUCAUUAAUGGCGGAUUUCAACUAGCUGAGGUAAGUGAACCGCAACCUUAACGUCUCCUUGGUCUCUUCUCUUGUACUUGCACAGUAAAAUUUCGUGCUCCAUUUGGGAAAAAAAAAAAGAUGGUAUUUUUGGAUUAGAAACACCAUCUUCAACCACUGGUUUGUUCUUAAAUCUUGGAGAAGUUUGCUUUUCCAGUGUACCCAUCUGCUAAAAUGAAUUGGGCCUCAUCUUAGAGGAAGUUGUGGCUGAUCUUUUCUUUUAAGCUCUUUCAAAUUGAGAAGAAAAUAAGUUGGUUUGGUUUCAAAGACAGGGAAAUAUGCUCUUUUCAGCUAUACCCUCAAGAACUCUUGACUUUCAUGUUGGAAAGGACAAAAGGAUGGUGCUUUGAGCCUUCUCCUAUUCAUCCUAAGAUGUCUUGGAUUCAGUCUCAAAUCAAGGGAAAAGAUGGUCCUUUGACCUUUCCACCUGGUAUUUCUCCUCCUCUUUCUUCUUCUUCUUCCUCAUUCCCACCUCCUUAUAAUAGUGAUUAUCAGAAGGAAUCAACCCCAUCAUCAUCUGCUGGAAGAAUCAGUCCAGCGGUUCUUUUUAUCAUAGUUAUUCUAGCCGUUAUAUUUUUCAUCUCUGGUCUACUCCACCUGCUCGUUAGAUUCCUCAUAAAAAAACCAUCUCCCUCGUCAACCUCCCAGUCAAACAGGUACCCGGAAAUGUCGGGCUCAGAUGCUCUGCAAAGGCAGUUACAACAGCUCUUCCAUCUCCAUGACUCGGGUCUAGAUCAAGCUUUUAUAGAUGCUCUCCCUGUUUUCCUGUACAAAGAGAUAAUGGGCUUAAAAGAACCCUUUGAUUGUGCUGUGUGCCUCUGUGAAUUUUCAGAACUAGACAAGCUAAGGUUGCUUCCCUUGUGUAGUCACGCGUUUCACAUCAACUGUAUAGAUACAUGGCUGCUAUCAAAUUCGACAUGUCCUCUUUGCAGAGGGACCCUCUUCAGCCCUGGCCUUUCAAUUGAAAACCCAGUUUUUGAAUUUGAUAAUCCAAGGGAGGAGGAUGGGCUUCCCAGCGAAAGAGAGGAUAGGUACCCUUGUGGACAGAAAACAGGAGAAACAGAGGAGAUUGUUGGUGAAAAGAGGGUUUUUCCUGUGAGGCUUGGUAAGUUCAGAAAUUUGAACAAUGGAGGAGGAGAAGGAGAGAGCAGUAGUAGUAAUUUGGAUGCCAGGAGAUGUUAUUCGAUGGGUUCAUUUCAGUAUGUGGUUGGUGAUUCCCAUCUGCAAGUGGCCUUACGCCAUGAUAGAGAUGGUGGUGGUGAUGUGAAGAUGGUGAAAGGGAGAGGACACAACGGGAAUUCUUCAGUUGUUGGGGAUAUUGAGGGGAAGAAACUCAGUAGUAGAAGUAAAGGUGAGAGCUUCUCUGUUUCCAAGAUCUGGCUUUGGUCCAAAAAGGGCAAAUUCCCAAUUUCUUCAGAUUCUCAUAUGGGUGUUUCCUCUUCGUCUCUUAAUGUUGGUUUGCCAUGGCCUGAAAGAACUCAAGGUGUAUGAAGGUAUUUUAUUUUCUAUUUUCUUGAUUAUUCACUUCUCUCAAUCCAAUUACUGGUUGAGCUGUUAUUUAUAUUUUCCUUCAUUUUGGGAUGCAAAUGGGUCUGAGUACUUUCAGUGAAAUACCAAUCUUCCCUCCCCCCUCGCCCUCUUCUAUUAAUCCAAUUUCUCUCUCUCUCUCUCUCUCUCUCAUGUGAUGAUGAACUUCAAUGAGUGUAUGAUAUAUCAAAGAAAAACCCAUCUCUUGAGCUUAGAAAAGCAGAGCUGCAGUGGACUUUAUGAAGUUUUUGAAAUCAAAUCAAAGCAGGAAAAUUUGUUGGGCAUGAGUAUAUGACCUGUCAGGUCAAUAAGCAAAACUACUGUUGUUGUAUAGUGUAUAGUAAUAAGAUGUGGGCAAUCCUAAUUCCUAUGAGAUUUACAGUAAGGAAUAAAUAGUAAAGCUUUUCUCAGUUGCCUUUGGGUGCUUGGUUCUUUUCUAAAUGUCUUUAUGGAAAAUCUUGCUUUUGUGGCCUUCUUGUUGGUUGUGUAAAUUCCCAUUUUGACUCUUACUUUUUCUGUUGUGUGGGAUGGAUGAUAUAAUGGUGGGAUCUGUGAAAAGUGGUGUGAAGGAUUAUUGUGAUGGAAGCUAUGAUUGGAAAUGUUUGUUUUCAGAAUUGGGGAGGACUGAGGUUCCUGAGGAGGAAGGCAAGGGAAGAGUGGUGGUGUGUCAUGGUGGAUGUGGGCCUCCCAUUGGUGCUCUUUCAACACCUUCUCCAUCAGAAAAAAUAUAUAAAAUUCUUCUCUUUUUAUUUUUCUUC